CAACACUCUUAGCAGUAGAACUCAAGAAUUCAACUAACAGCUCAAAAUGGCUUUCAAAUUCCUUCUAGUUGUUGCCCUGGUAGGUGCCGCAGCUGCCCAGAGCCUGCAUCAUCACGAGCAUCAUGAAGAUGAGCAUCAUGGCCCAGCUGAGUACAAAUUCGCUUACUCCGUCCACGACGAUCACACCGGAGACAUCAAGAGCCAGCAGGAGGAACGUCACGGAGACAAAGUCGUUGGCCAGUACACUCUGAUCGAUGCCGAUGGAUACCGUCGUGUGGUGGAUUACUCCUCGGACAAGCACACCGGAUUCAUUGCCAAUGUGCACCGGGAACCAGUCAAGGGACACCACGUCGUUGAGGCCCCCAAGAAGAUCGUCAAGCUCAUCAAGCCAGUUGUGGCCGUCCACCACGUUCAGCCAGCCGUCCAGGUACACCACGUGACUCCAGUCCACCACGUGACCCCAGUGCACCAUGUUGAGCUGCACCACCACGAGCCGGAACACCAUCAUGUUGUGAUCCCACAGGUCCACCAUGUCGUCAAGCCAGUCGUCGUCGAGAGCCAUCAUCAUGACAACCACAAAUCGCACUCGCAAACCAGCUUCAAGAGCGGCAAAGUCAGCUAUCAAUACUAAACUAGGACUCUUAACGAAUGUUGUUGUUGAA